CAGGGCGGGGCCGGAGCGGGGCGGGCACGCGGCUAGCGCCCGGGCUGGUCCCUAGUUGAGCCGCCGCCCGGCCGGCUGGUCUCUGCGGCGGCUGCCGGGGCGGCCCGGGCGCGCGGCCUUUCGCCAUGUACACCUUCGUGGUGCGAGACGAGAACAGCAGCGUCUACGCCGAGGUGUCCCGGCUGCUGCUCGCCACCGGCCACUGGAAGCGGCUGCGGCGGGACAACCCCAGGUUCAACCUGAUGCUGGGAGAAAGGAACCGGCUGCCCUUCGGCAGACUGGGUCAUGAGCCUGGGCUGAUGCAGUUGGUGAAUUACUACAGAGGGGCUGACAAAUUGUGUCGCAAAGCAUCUUUAGUGAAGCUCAUCAAAACCAGCCCAGAACUGGCUGAGUCCUGCACAUGGUUCCCUGAGUCCUACGUGAUUUAUCCAACCAACCUCAAGACCCCAGUUGCUCCAGCUCAGAAUGGAAUCCAUCCACCGCUCCAUAGUUCAAGGACAGAUGAGAGAGAAUUCUUCCUGGCUUCAUAUAACAGAAAGAAAGAGGAGGGAGAGGGCAACGUUUGGAUUGCAAAGUCAUCAGCCGGAGCCAAAGGUGAAGGCAUCCUCAUCUCCUCAGAUGCUACAGAACUGUUGGAUUUCAUAGACAACCAAGGCCAGGUGCACGUGAUCCAGAAAUACCUGGAGCGCCCUCUGCUCCUGGAGCCCGGUCAUCGCAAAUUUGACAUCCGAAGCUGGGUCUUGGUGGAUCAUCAGUUUAAUAUCUACCUCUAUAGAGAGGGUGUCCUUCGGACUGCUUCAGAACCAUAUCAUAUGGAUAAUUUCCAAGAUAAAACCUGCCACUUGACCAAUCACUGCAUUCAGAAGGAGUACUCAAAGAACUACGGGAAGUAUGAAGAAGGGAAUGAAAUGUUCUUUGAGGCAUUCAAUCAGUACCUAACAAGUGCUUUGAACAUCACCCUGGAAAGUAGUAUCUUACUACAAAUCAAACAUAUAAUAAGGAGCUGCCUCAUGAGCAUAGAGCCCGCCAUCAGCACCAAGCACCUCCCUUACCAGAGCUUCCAGCUCUUCGGCUUUGACUUCAUGGUGGACGAGGAGCUGAAGGUCUGGCUCAUCGAAGUCAACGGCGCCCCUGCUUGUGCUCAGAAGCUUUAUGCAGAGCUGUGCCAGGGCAUCGUGGACAUAGCCAUUGCCAGCGUCUUCCCACCCCCAGACACGGAGCAGCAGCCCCCCCAGCCGGCCACCUUCAUCAAGCUGUGACCCAGGGAGGUGUGCAGAGAUGCCUCAGAAGAAGCACGCGGGGGGCCCUGCCCCAGGGGAAGGAGAUGUGUCUGAAUUGCUGUCAAGCGCAACUCGGAGAGACGUGCUGGGAGAAAACAAAGGAGCUUCCCCCAGGAGUGAUUGGUUGCCCAGAGGUCCCCAGGUGAAGCUCUGGGCCCUGCUACGGAGAUUGGAAAACUGCAGCACAUUUCUCAGACGGGAGAGCCAGAUAUUCUUCUAAGGGGCAAAAACAGGGAUGAACUUACUUUACCUUCUCAUUCUUUGAAAAGAUCUGAAUUAUAUCCUAAGGCAGCGCUCUGAGCAGCAGCGCGUCUCCCGCCCAGGGGUGGCAGCCGUCGGACCUGGUUGGUGAUUGUCCACUGCUGCGUUAGUGCCUUAGCUCUGUGCCCAGCUGCGGCCUCCGGUCUGGGGUAGGGACGGGAUGUGAGAGCACUCAGGAGGUGGCCGAUGAGUCCCCCCAGCUCGUCCCCGUCACUCCCCCAACCGUCUGGACACGUGCUCACCAUCUGUCCCUGGGGCCUGGCUGUGCAGGCGCCGCCUCGCCGCCAGGGGGCGUGCUCACCCUGAUCCUGAUGGUGUCUGGCCGGUCACCAGUCAGGGCUGGCGUGGACUGGGCGCCAAACGCUGCUCUCAGUCUGCUCUCUGCAUGUUUUAGAAACCAAGCAGCAAAGUUUGCUGUGAACCCAUAAGCAUUCAAUAAGCAUGAGAGAGGAAAAAACACGAUGUCUUGCUUUACUUAAUAGCUGGGUGUGUGUGGGUGGUGGGAUGGGUCUUUGAAAUAUGACGAUUAUGGUGAUUCUCAGAAUCUCCUUGUUUUAACCAGAAUUCUACAUGCCCUUUGGACAGGUUCCCUUUUGUUCAUUUUUCGGAGGAUUUAACUUUUGUUAGAAAGCCCUCCAGGAGAGUAGAAUUCCCCUCACCCUACCCCACCCCAGGGGGCUCCUCCCCAUUUUGUUUUUCUUGCUCUUUAUACACCUUUUUUAGGAGUUGGAAGGUUAGGUUUUGUUCCAGGGAAGAUUUUUCGUCUCCUUGUUCCUCUCAACGUCCGGGAGAGCCUGUGGAUCAGUAUAUGUCUCACCCGAAAAGGAGAAUCUCUUGAAAUGGAAAAGGUGUGGUUUCAGAGCGGCACAUGGCACCCUGUCAAUCAGCAAAUGUUAGCAGUGUCCCCUUAGGUGUAGUUUCUACUACCCACGGCAUGGAUGAAUAUUCUACAGACUUUCCGGGAGGCCACCUCACUAGCAAGAAGGAGCCCCCACAUGCCACUUGUGUCCAGUGUGAGCUGAGUGCACAAUGCAUGGGAAUCCCCGCAGACCCACUGAGCAGGCAUGCACCCUCCACCCUAGGACCGUGGGCCUGGGGGGUGGGGAUAGGUGCGGGCCUUCUCUCUGGCACAGGUGCCCUCCCUUAUUCAUCUCCAUUUGUCAUCAGAAAAGAGUUCUGCAGCCAGGAGAGACUUUUUUACAAAGCAAAGAAAAAGCAGCCUCAAAUAUGAUGAGAUGUGGGAGCUGAUGGUAAAAAAAGGAAUGAUGGAAAUGAUUUCAUGGAUGCACCAGUGGGUGUGGGAUGUGAAAGUAUUGUGUCUCAGUGAAGUGGAGGAAGGCCCAGCCAGCUGGGCUCGCCCGGCAGUUUGGAAUUAAAAAAUAAACAUGCCAGUGGUUACCCAGAAUGUAUAGAUGAUGAAGUUUGCAUCCAGAGCAAAGUAAAACAAGUGUUACUGGAAUCCUAGAGGCCCAGAGCAGCUGAUGGGUUAGUGUUUGGGGAGAUUCUGAGUAGACUGUGGGCAGGUGUGCAUCCAUGGAGAAAGUGUAGGGUUCUGGGGCUUGGGAAGUCUGUGUGGGCCGGUGAUGGGAAAAGUAGGGAGGUUUGGGGGACUUCCCUGGCUCUUCAGUGGUUAAGACCCCACACUUGCACUAGAGGGGGCACCGGUUCAAUCCCUGGUUGGGGAACUAAGAUCCUGCAUGCUGCCCAGUGCGGCCAAAAAACAAGAGGGAAAAAAAAGCGGGGAGAAUUUUGUAGUCCCGUCACAAGCAAAUGCAGAUUUGUAAUGAUCUUUUGGACCUAAAUAACAGGGACAUUUGAGAAUUUUCCAGUGUCUUUUACAGUGGCACAACUAAGAAUCCAGGUGUUAGGAAGUCUGUGGAUUUUGAUGGGUUUUCUAAGAAAACAGAAUCGAUAGCAAUAUAUGUGAGGGAAAAAAGGCUUUAAAGAGGAAAUUAUGCUUCAUUCCUCACGUGGUUUCAAAUAAGUAUCUGUUUUGUGCAUUUAUGUCUGAUCAGGGAGAGCAGCUGGCACAGAACUCUUCCAUAUCCUUCAGUGGUAUCUGUGGCACAGAUGGUCAUGCCUCGCCCCCGUCAGUCUUCAUCCGUGUAGUCUGUGUUCAUGUCGCCAGUUGCUAGGGAAGGAGGUGGUGGUGGUGUUUGGAGAUGUUGAUUUCAGUCUCGACUCAUUGGCUGCACAGCAUCAGAAAAACCCAUGAACCUCUGUGCCUUAGUUUCUUAUCUUGUGGAAGAACUUGUUGCCUGAUCCAGGGACUACCUCAAGGGCAUUCAGUGAGAACACAGGAGAUUAGGAAGGCUGGAGAGCCCUGAGGACCAAGGUUCUCAAUGCAGAUAAUUUGCUGGAGUCACUGGGGAAGCUUUAAAGAAUGUUGGUGUCCACACCUCCCUCCUCAUGACCCCUGGCCCGUUAGGCCUGAACCUCAGGCGUCAGAUGCAUUGAGAUGCCUCGAACCACUGCUGGAGAAGGAAGGACAGAUAACAUUAUUACCUUGGAAGAAUCCAAUAAGGUUUAGAGAUUUUUUUUUAAUUCCUUUUGGAAGGCCAGGCAUUUCUUUAAGGAUGACCGGAUGCUGACGUGAUAUACAGCAUAUUCCAUCCAAACAAGUUCUCUCUGCUCCCCGUCAUAGCCUUUGGAAACUCAGCCGUGCUUUCAUCUACUUAAAUCUGCUUUCAUCUACUUUGUGAAGCCUUGUUGUCAAAUGUAACCAGACAUGAAUUUAUAAAUCUGCUAAACAUGUGUUAGGGUUACAAAUGAAUUAUUGAGAGGAAAGCCCCUUCUGUCUCACUGGACUCCUAUGAUGACUGUAAACUCUGUUUCCCCAGGACAUGAAAGUGCCUCAGUGUCUGUCUGAUAAAGUGGAGCAGGUGCUGGUGGACUUAACCAGCUAAUGUGGUGUUUCAGGAGCGCCUCAGGGUGAUGGUCCCAGACUUGGGAUGUCUGGUUGUGCCGGAAACAGACGGACCCACGAGCUGUGGUAACGCUACGAAGGGUGUUUCCAUUAAAGUGGAGGUUGUGUCAAGCAGGGGUGCGUCCAGCCUUGCCAUGGGUCGUGGGGACUCUACCAGAGAAGACAACGUGCUGGAGAGGGUCCCCGCAGCACUAGUGGGUGCCGUGGAGAAAACUGUCUCUGCUCCUGGACACAGAAUCUGUACCUAAGAGGAAAUGACUUUUGAAACAAGGCAAUUCUAUGAAUGUUUGAAUGCCUGGAGCAUUAAAGGAAUUGUAUUCAAGU